GGACUGGAAUGGAAUGGAGAUUCGUGGUGUAUAUAACAGUUCCUGCUCCUCCGUGUAUCAGGCCCUUUUCUUUCCUUCCUAUCCAACACACACACAUACACACAGCACAGUCUGACGAGUUCUCUUUGCUUCGUUUCCUUUUUUGUUCCUUUUUUUCUUCUUCUCUUCUUCUCCUUCUUGUUCAUUUCUUCACUUCGUUCGUUUGAUACGUUCUUCAUCUUCAUCUUCAUCUCCAGAUCAGCCAGUCUCGAUCACCCUCACGACGAAAAGCCAGUCUUUCCAUCCUCUACCGCCCUUCCCUCCCCCCCUCCCACUCUUCCCACCACGAUGCCCCUCCCCACGCACGGCGCCGUCGGCCUUGCCUUCCUGGGCACACGAGCGCUGCAGCUAACGAGCCUGUUGAUCUCACUCUCGCUCUCCGCGAAAUUCAUCAGCUCUAUAAUCGACUCUCAGCAAUCCCCUCCUGCGCCUCUAAUCGGCGUUCUCUCCGUCGUCUGCUUCGCCGUACUCUACUGCGUGACCACGCUCCUCCUAUACUGGGACAACCAGCUGCCGCUCCUGCCCACCGCCGCCCUCGACGGCCUGUUCUUCCUCGCUUGCAUGAUCAGCGCCAUCAUCAUCGGCAAGCCGCUAAGCUACCUCAGCUGUAAGGCGGCGACCGGUGGGGUCGGCGCGCUCGCUGAGACCCUCGCCGCCGGGGCGGCCACGCCAACGCCCACCCUUGCAGCGGUGACGGCAGCAGUGUUCACCCCCGCCGCCGUAACACCAUACACCGCUGCGGCCGCCGCCGCGACGGUGUACACCACGACCACGGCAACACUGGCCAACACCGCGGCCACAGUAGUCGCCACACUCGUCCCGGGCGGCAGCGCAAAGGUCCUCGGCAGCGACGGGAACACGUACACGAUCUCAAAGCGGCAGCAACAGCAGCAGUACGCGCCACAGGACGUGGGUUACGAGGGCUGGCUGCACGCCGGCGGUGAGGGCGACUGUGUCAUGAUGAAGGCUGUGUGGGGCUUUGGAAUCGCGCUCACGAUACUUUUUGUUUUUAGUGCCGUCAUGGUCGCGUUUAUUUGGAAGGCGGAGAAGCAGAGGGGGAUGGUUGGGAGGAAGGCAGCGGCCACGGGGGACGCGUAGGCUAAGGAAAGAGGGGGUGGGGGUG